UUCUCUUCUUUAGCUGGACAUCACGCAAACAUACACAGCCUUCUCUUCUCUCUCCUUCCCUCUCUCUCCUUCUUCAUCUCAUGUUUUUCAGAAAGCCUUCCCCAGUUCAUCCGCCAUGGACCUUCAAAUCAGAGAGCUUCUCCAAACUCAAAGACUCCCACCAUCCCAUUCUCACUUCUAACUUAAGGUACACUCUUCUCCUUUCUCUCUUUCUUGCUUCCUGGCUCCUUCUCCUCUUCUGGUUCACGCCGUUCUCCUCCGCCACGACUCCCGCCGCCGCCUCCCAUGCCACCAGAAAGCUACUACCCCCGCAAACUCAUUGUGAUGAUGGCACUGUAUCAGUUUAUGUCUACAAUUUACCUUCUCGCUUCAACCUCGGCCUCCUCACUCACUGUCAAAACCUCAACAUAUACACUAACAUGUGCCCUCACGUAGCCAAUCGCGGCCUCGGCCAGCCCAUUCCUAAUUACAUGUCCCUCUCCUCCGCCGCCUGGUUCUCCACGCACCAGUUCAUCGCCGAGAUGAUCAUCCACGCGCGCGUGGAGAAUCACCCUUGCCGCACGCGGGACCCAACCAAAGCUAACCUGUUCUACGUACCCUUUUACGGUGGGCUCCACGCUUCCAGCAUGUUCCGCGAGGCCAACCACACUCUACGCGAUGAACUAGCCGUUGAUCUUGUCCGGUACCUACAAGAUCGGCCCUCGUGGCAGAAGCACAAUGGUAAGGACCAUUUUCUUGCCCUGGGGAGAACCGCAUGGGAUUUCAUGAGGUCAGAACAUGGACCAGACUUUGGCGCCAACAUCCUCCUCAACCUUCCACCUGUCCAAAACAUGUCGGUGUUGACUGUGGAGAGGCAACCUUGGAAGGGGUCAAACCAGUAUGGUAUUCCUUACCCAUCUUAUUUUCAUCCGACGACGGUUUCAGAACUGGAAAGAUGGCAGACGAUGAUGACGGAAUCGGAGCGACCUUAUCUGUUUUCCUUCGUCGGUGGUCCGAGGAAAGGCUUGGAAAAGGCGGCGAUCCGAGGGGAGAUUCUCCGGCAGUGCGAGGAGUCAACACGGUGCAAACUCUUGAAAUGCGGCGGCGGCGGAGGAAUUAAGUGUCAUGAACCAAGCGUGGUGCUUGACGUGAUGACCAAGUCUCAGUUCUGCCUGCAGGCGCCGGGCGACUCGUUCACGCGGCGUUCGACGUUCGACUCGGUGCUGGCCGGCUGCAUUCCGGUGUUCUUCUCGCCGCACACGGCGUACAGUCAGUACGCGUGGUAUCUGCCGGCGGAGGAAAAAGAGACCUAUUCGGUGUAUAUUGAUGAGAAAGGAGAAGGAAGCAAGACGAUAGAGAAGGAACUAAUGAAGAUUCCGAGCGAGAAAGUGAAGAGAAUGCGUGAAACUGCGAUAAAGAUGAUCCCGAGGCUGACAUAUGCUCAUCCCAAUGCAAGCGAUGUUGGAUUCAAAGACGCAGUUGAUGUUGCACUGGUCCAACUCUCCAGGAUUGUUCAGGCAAAAAUUAACGCUGGAUCUUAAUGACAAGGUCAGAGAUAUAAAUCAGUUCACCUCUUCUCCGUUAUGUUGAAUUUUGGUUCAAGCGCGUAUAAUGUAGAAAACAUGAAGAAGGAGAAGACAUGUCCGGAGUCCCCAAAUAAAAAUUCUUUUAAAAUAACUUUCGAGAGAUAUAUGAUCUAUCUCUAUUACCCCAAAUUCAAUUCAUUCUCUCAAUUCUUCUCUAUACA